AAUGUUUACUUUAAAAGAAUUAUGCUUUCAAAAGAUAGCGGAAAGCCGCGAUCGCCUUUUCCAACGAAGGACUGGCGUUGUUAAAUUACCACCCUCUAUUGUUGAACAAUUACUUUGUUAUUUGGAUAAUGAAGAGACUGGAAUAAGUCCUUAUUAUCUUAAUUUCUGUUUAAGAUAUAAGUUAAACAUUAAGAAUGUUAAGAUCAAUGGAUUUCGGAUUAGGAACGAUGUAGAUCUAAUGUUUUUAACCAAUCCCUAUCUAGAAUCAUGCGAGAUAAGGAAUUUAGAAUUUCAUCAAUUCAAUAAGAUAUUCUCUGUAAUAAAUAAACAAAAUCUGAAGAAAUUAAGAUUAACAGAAGCUUCAUUCCUUAAACGAAAUUUACCUGUUAAUCCCCGUAUUAAUCCAAUUAAAUGGACAAAAUUCAAAAAUUUAAUCUCACUUAAACUGGAAUAUAAAUUUUCGGAAAUUGAAAUUCUUGGAAAUUUAUGUAUUGAAUUGAUAAAUCUGGAAGAAUUAGAUUUAAUUUGUCCGGAAACGAAUUUUUUCCCAUUGAAAAAUUUACUUAAACUCAAACGUCUUCGUAUUAAAAAUACUAAAAAUUUAGUUUUACCUCAUACGAUUAUCUGUCUUGAAAAACUAAAACUUCUUGAACAUUUAGAAUUGAGAUUUUCUCUUGCUCUUUCCUUUCCCGAUUAUGAUACUGAAAGGAUUUUUAAAGUAGCUACUUGGCCUAAUUUAAUGUAUUACGCUCAUUUCCGAAAUACAUUUGCCAAAUUGGACUUGAUUGAGAAUUUUAUCUCGAGACAUCCAAAACUAAAUUAUUUGGAUGUUGAAUGCGAUAGACAAUAUAUGCAAGAUUUGGAGGAUAUUGCAUCGAGUCAUUCAACUAGUUUAUUAGUUGAGAAUAAAUAUUCAACACUUUACGUUGAUAAAUAUAAGCUAAUGAUUGAAUAUCUUGAAGUGGAGGAUGUUAAGAAAUUCCUUUAUUCGUACUUUAGAUUCUUUUCCGAAAGAGAAAUUUCACUAUUAGACGAAUGGGAAUGUAUUAAAUAUUUUGAGAUAAUUGUUGAUAUUCUUAAAGAAAACAAAGGAAGAAUAUACUACGAUUAUUCUAAUUACAAUGAGACGUUUGUUGAUAUUAUCAAUCAUUUCUUAAGAGUUGAACACUUUUGUCGAGAUAUGAAGAUUAAGCGUACUAUCUUCAAAAUAUGUUACGAUUCAUUCUUUCAUCCAGAUUUAUAUGAUUGUU